UCUAACAAAUAAACAAAUAUGUUGCUAAACACGAGAAAAUUUAAACGUUAAAGGUAGGACAGUAGGAGAGGGAUCAGUUGGAGAGAGAAGAGAGCGAUACUGUCCUUAAUUUGAUAUAGUUGUAUUGUCGGUACGCAUUUGGAAAGGUUCACACAAAUUUUAAAAUGAAUCAGCCACCUCAGCCACCUGCAGGAGAUAUUCCGUAUUCUUAUUCGAGACCAGACCUCGUUGCUGUGACUCACACUCGUUUAGAAUUAACCGUGAAUUUUGCCAGUCAAGUUCUCGUAGGCAAGGCAAUAUUGACAGUAGAGAAGAAAGUAUCGAGGUGUAACGAACUAGUUUUAGAUACCUACGGACUUGACAUAUUUGGAGUCAGCAGUUGUUCUCCUGGGCGAAUUUUAUAUUUUAUUUUGGGAAAUCAUCAUAAUAACUUUGGCAGGAAACUUACCAUUACCCUACCAAACGUGGAUAGUGCAGACCAAACAGUCCCUACAAGCUCUAAACAAAUGGAAUUUAGCGAUAAUAUUUAUACAAUUCAGAUUGGAUAUAGGACAAGUCCACAAUCUCCUGCACUGUAUUGGCUAAGAAAAGAACAAACUUCCGAUGAUGAACCCCUCUUGAUAUCUAACAGCAAGCUUACAUAUGCCAGAGCUAUAUUUCCCUGUCAAGAUACACCAUCAAAUAAAAUGACAUUUUAUUCGAAGAUUUCUGUACCAAAAAGUCUUAACAUUAUGGUUAUGAUGCCUGGAAGUAAAGAAAUGAGUGAAGCGUAUAACCGAGUUAUAUACUCUUUUUCGCAAAAUAUAACAAUGGCACCGUAUGAGAUAUAUAUUAUAGUAGGUUCACUAAGAAGUUUACGCAAAAGUCGCGAAUUUGUAUUUGAUAGACCUAUGGAUCUAGAAAUUUGGGCUGAAGAGCAAUCUCGUCAGCGGUGCACAUCAGAAUUUCUUAAUAAAAUUAUGGACAUUCUGUGUAACAUCAAAAAGUCGUAUGGUUUCUUGG